AUGCGGAAAAGGAAGAGCACAUGGGAAGUUAGGAGGUACAACGGAUCACACACGUGUAUGGCCACAUCGAUAUCGAGCGACCACAAGCAGCUUGAUUAUCAUGUCAUUUGUGCGAGGAUCUUUCCAUUGGUUAGAGCUGAUGCGUCAGUGUCGAUUAAGGUGUUGCAAGAGGCAACAUAUGAUUUCAAGCCUAGUUAUCGGAAGGUGUGGUUGGCGAAGCAAAAGGCAGUAGCACAGAUCUACGGCGAUUGGGAGGAGUCAUAUGCGGAUCUGCCCCGCUGGAUCCUUGGGGUCACAUUCACCAUGGACGGUUCCGUUGCUCUGCUAAAGACCUCCCCGGUUAGAGUGGGUGACCAGGUUGAUGAAGAUAGAGUCUACUUUCAUCGCAUGUUUUGGAUAUUCCCUCCAUGUAUUGAGGCAUUCCGCCACUGUAAGCCACUUGUCAGUAUCGACAGGACACACCUGUAUGGCAAGUAUGGAGGGACCUUGUUGUUGGCGAUUGCUCAGGAUGGAAAUUCGAAUAUUUUACCUGUUGCGUUUGCACUAGUGGAUGGAAAAAAUGCAGAGUCUUGGUCAUACUAUCUAUCCAAUCUUAGAAGACAUGUUACUCCACAGCAAGGUAUUCUCAUGAUCUCUGAUAGACACAACGGCAUCAAGGCUGCGCUGGAGUCCCCAGAUAGUGGUUGGCAACCUCCCCAUGCUUAUAGGGCAUUUUGUAUUCAGCAUGUUGCAGCAAAUUUCGCCCUCACCUUCAAGGGGCAGGAUGCGAGGAGGUGGCUAGUAAAUGCUGCUUAUGCGAAGACGGAAGCAGAAUUUGACUAUUGGUUUGAUAUAAUGAGGACAGAGAACCCGGCCAUGUGUGAUUGGGCAAAUAGGAUGGAGUAUGGGAUGUGGACACAGCACAAGGAUGGGGGGAGACGAUAUGGUCACAUGACGACCAACAUUUCUGAGUGUGUGAACUCUGUUUUGAAGGGCACAAGAAAUCUAUCAGUGACAUCCUUGGUUAAGUCCACCUAUCUUCGGCUUGUUGAGUUGUUUAUUGUUCGGGGGCAGACGGCAGAGGCACAGUUAGGGUCCGGUCACCGGCAUCAACUUGACUAUACAGUGGCUGAGACUACUCCCACAGACAAAUUCUCGUUGGGUAGCUACCGGGUUUCCCUAAGGGAUCGUACUUGCGACUGUGGAUACUUCCAGGUGCUGCACUACUCGUGUUGCCAUGACAUCGCAUGCUGCCCGCAGUCACGGCUAGAUUGGGCAACUUAUAUCGAUGAAGUGUACAUCAUGUCUGAGGUAUUUAAGGUGUAUCAGAUGUCCUUUGCACCUUGUAUUCCAGAGGGGCUUUGGCUCCCCUAUGAUGGUCCGACUGUGAUCCCCGACCCGAACAUGAGACAGGCAAGAGAAGGACGACCACGGUCCACCCGCAUCCGCAACAACAUGGACGAAGCUGACACCAGUCGACCGAAGUGGUGUGGCCUGUUCAGGUAG